AUGAAAACAUCAAUUCAAUCAGAAAGGAAACCAGGAAAAUCAAUUCCAAAACCAAGGGAUAAUUUUACAAAUCAAUCAUCCAAUUCAAAAAAAGAGAUUGCCAAUGAAUCAAAUGGAUUCGAUGCUUCUAAACCGCUUCUAAUCUAACCUAUCCCCAUGGAACCUAAAGUUAAAUAAAAUUGUCUAAUUGAAAUUGUUGAAUUGGCCAAUUCUCUUAAAGAUGAUGAUAAUGUUAGUGGUCUAGUCUUCAAACAAAUCAUCAUCUCAAUUGAAGCCAAAUUAACAGAAUUCCAAGAGAGACUUGAAAAUAGGGACAACUUGACAGAACUUAAUUCACAUCUAUAGAAAUUGCAACAUCUGUAAACUAGUCCUUACAGUCCAAAUGGAAAUAAAGCGAGUGUAAAAAAAGAUGACUCAAAUAAUGACACAAGUGGACUACUCCGUAAUUAAAGUUAAAUCUCAUUGCCAUAGAAUGACAAUGUCAGCAUUAUGAGUGCCCAAGAUAAAAUGAAAAGUCCUCAAGGUAGAAGAUCAAACUCCAAAUAACAUUCAGCCAUUCUUCCAAACAUCUCAUAAUAAGCAGUGUCUGACAAUAAUAAGAUUGCCGCCUUGGAAAAGAGACUCAGAACUAACGAGGACAAUUAUAUUAAAUUGACCAAAGAAGUGUAAGAUCAAUAUACUUCUAACAAUUAAAAGCUAGAAAAGACAAUUAAGGCUCUGAAUGAAAAGUUUAUGUCAUUUAGUGCCAACAAUUUGCAACAAUAGUACAUCGAAAUUACUGAGAGUUAGAAGGCUUUGAUUUCACAUUUACAUUAGCAAUCAAGGGAAAUCACCGAGAUCAACAAUGCCAUGCUUAAAUUAAAGGAGACUCAAGACUCUUAAAAUAUAGAGAUCUCAAAUAAAAUCGAGCAUAGCUUACAAUUACAGAAUGAAAAUUUUGUAAGGAUUCAAUCACUUUCAUCCUCUCUUUAAUCAAUCGAUGCUGAUUUAAUCGUGAUUUUAAAGUGUUACAAAGACAUUCUUAAUGAUAUCUUCAAAAUCGAUCUAAUUGAUCAACAAUAAAAAAAGUUAAUUAGUCUCCUAGAUGAAUAAUGA